GAGUAGAGUCUUGGAAGACACAAACCUCGCCGGACGACAGGAAUGACUUAACUGAACUUAUUCCUAAAUGUUGGGGCAUCCUUUUCUCCGGCUUAAAGAGGACAACAUGCCUGAUCUCUUUGGUUUGUUUUGUUCAAUUCAAAAGGUCAGCCACUCUCCUUCCUCUCUGGAGUUCUCGUACAAUGAAGUCAACAAUUUUCUUCCCUUCGGUGGCCCUCUUCACAGGUGCUGUCAGUACUCCCCAAUCGAAUACAAAAAAUUGGACUCAUGACAAUUGCCACUCCUCGCCAGCUCAUCUAAUCCCAACAAUCUUCCUCGCCGGGGAUAGCACCGAAGCUCCAGGUGGAGGUCACAAUGGAACGGAAGGUUGGGGUCAAUAUCUCCAAUACAGCUUUGAUCUCAGCACUGCAUUCGUCAACAACUCCGCAUUCGCGGGACGAAGUGCUCGAAGUUUCACCAGAGAAGGACGAUUCCAGGCAAUCGCAGACCUAGUGAAGCCCGGAGAUUGGGUGAUCAUUGAGUUCGGACACAAUGAUGGAGGAAGUCCAUAUCCCGCAAGUUCGGAUACAGGUCGGGCGGAUUGUCCUGGUGCUGGAAAUGAAACUUGUUCCACAGUUUACGCGAACAAAACCGAAAUCGUACAAACUUACCCAACUUACUUGAUUAAUGCAUCAACAAUCUCUCUCUCCAAGGGGGCAAAAGUAAUCCUCUCCUCACCAACACCAAGCAACCCUCGGGGAAAAGGAAACUACUCGUACACUCCCUCAAUCUUCAACUACUACUCCUCUCUCGCCACCACAGAACUGGGAGGUCCUAAGUCUGGAGUCUAUUUCGUAGCCCAUGGACAAUAUGCCGCUCAGGCUAUGAGACUGCUUGGCAAGGAGGUUGUAGAUGAGAAUUACCCGAUGGAUCACACGCAUACGGCGCCAUACUUGGCGGAUGUGGUGGCGAGGAGCUUUGUGUUGGGAUUGAAGUGUGGGACGGCGCCGUUGGCGGGGUUAGUGAUGAAUGCGACAAGUAGGUUGGAGGGAGAGUUGUUAGGGACAUGUUUGAGUGCUAAUGAGACAGUGCCGAUCUGAUGGGGAAAGAAUGAUAAGAAUGCUGAUGGUGAAAAGCCUCGACACUAUUUCCAAGAUUCGCAAAUACCCCACCCCUAUCAAUUUGACGAUAGCAAAUAUCUUCAAAUUCCGGGCUUUCAGCGUCCCAACCCUUUUCUACAAUGAGA